GCCCUGCUUCUUCUGUUUUGUCCAUAGUUUCAGAGAGAGCUAGAAAGACAGAGAAAGAAAGAGAGAGAGAGAGAGAGAGAGAGAGAGAGCCUUGUGCUUUGUUAUUCGGAGAUUAUUAAUAAUGGCAGUACUUAGCACUCACCAACCAUUAGCAUUUGCAUUUGGCCUCCUUGGCAACAUUAUCUCAGUGUUGGUGUACCUGGCUCCAGUGCCAACAUUUUUAAGAAUUUACAGAAAGAAAUCAACUGAAGGUUUCCAUUCACUUCCAUACCUUGUCGCACUCUUCAGUUCUAUGCUUUGGCUCCAUUAUGCAAUGCUCAAAAAAGACGUUUUCCUUCUUGUCACCAUCAACGUAUUUGGAUGUGCAAUUGAGACCAUUUACAUUUUCCUGUAUAUGUUUUACGCUUCCAAAGAAAUUCGGGUCUCAACUUUCAGACUUCUUGUGUCCAUGAACAUAGCUUUGUUCUCCUCCAUUGUCCUCUUCACUCAUUUUCUAAUGAAGGGUUCGAUCCGAGUUCAGGUUCUUGGUUGGAUUUGUGUUGCUGUUUCUGUCAGUGUUUUUGCAUCUCCUUUAAGCAUUGUGGCUCAAGUUGUCAGAACUAGAAGCGUCGAGUUCAUGCCAUUCACUCUGUCGUUUUUCCUUACACUGAGUGCUGUUAUGUGGUUUGCUUAUGGUUUUACUACAAAGAACAUGUGUGUCGCUCUCCCAAACAUCUUAGGAUUCAUCUUGGGGCUACUUCAGAUGCUGUUAUAUGCAAUCUACAGGAAAGCAAAGGUGGUGGUUAUAGAGGAAAAGUUACCAGAAAAAAAUUUGAAGAGCAUUGUCAUACUAAGCACAUUAGGCAAUUCUGAGGUUUAUCCUGUGGAUGUUCGACCCGAAUCCGAACCCGAUGAGAAUAAAGUUGCAAAAGAACAAGAACAAAUAGAGGAAGGAAGCAAGAAGAGUAAUGAGAGAAGCUUGGAAACAUCAAAUGAUCUUAAUCCAAAUGAAAUUGCAGUUUAAUAUGUUCUCAUGUAUUAAUUAUAAAUGGCUGAAUAAUUAAUGUUUGUAUACUCUCUUUUUUUUCCCUUUUUGUGUAUUAUUACCUCCCUUGGUUGAUGAGGGAGGUAUGUGUUAUAUGUAAGCAUAAAACAAGAGAAAUACUAAAAAAUAGGUUUUUUUUUUUUUUUCA